UAAGCCCGCUCAGGCAGCCGAGGGGAGGCAGCGGCACACAAUGCAGCACUGAGGCGGCGGCAACAAUGAUGCGUGACUGCCGCUAGGAGAGGCAGGAGCAGGAGCGCCUUCCUCGCCACCAUGCAAGCCUGCCUGUGAGCCUUGCCGUUGGCGGGCUGGGCAGAGGAGAGGAGCGGAGGCUCGCCAGAGCCCAGCCAUGCAUCCCGGGGCUUCUCUGCUCUCCUUGAUGCUGUGUGCCUUUGGGACGUUCUCCGGAGCUCGCUCCAGGCAUGCAGGAGACGCCUUGUUGACAGAGCUCGAGCGGAGGGAUGAGGACCGCUUCGUGGAGCGGCAAAACAUCGUCCCUUUCCGGCUGCUCUACAGCACGGAGGAAGGCAACGAAACGCAGCACGAGCGGCUCAACACCCGCAUCGGGGGCCGCUCGGCCGGGCAGCAGUCUACUCAUAUUGCCCGAGCCAGCUUCCAGGUUGAUGCUUUUGGAUCUUCUUUCAUCCUGGAUGUAGAAUUAAACCACAAUUUACUAUCUUCAGACUACCUUGAGAGGCAUAUUGAACACGGAGGAAAGGUGGUGGAAGUUAAAGGAGGAGAACAUUGUUAUUACCACGGUCACCUGCGAGGGAAUCCAGAAUCCUUUGUUGCCCUUUCAACAUGUCAUGGACUUCAUGGCAUGUUCUAUGAUGGAAAUCACAGAUAUCUUAUUGAACCAGAAGAAAACUCCACCACACAUGAGGAAUUCCACUUGCAUUCUGUUUAUAAAUCCAGAUUACUUGAAUUUCCUUUGGAUGAUCUUCCCUCUGAAUUCUGGCGCAUGAAUACCACAUCACAAAGAUUUGUUAUGAGACCAAGACACAGAAGAAGCAAAAGGCAGGUCCAUCAGAUUCGACAUAAGGUUGAAGAGGAAACAAAAUAUGUUGAGCUAAUGAUUGUAAAUGAUCAUCUAAUGUUCAAAAAGCACCGAUUAUCAGUUGUCCUCACAAACAACUUUGCUAAAUCAGUAGUGAACGUGGCAGAUUCCAUUUAUAAAGAACAACUCAACACCAGGAUAGUAUUGGUUGCUAUGGAAACCUGGGGUACUGAUAACAAAUUCACCAUAUCCGAAAACCCACUGGUGACUCUGCGUGCAUUUAUGAAAUACAGGAGGGAUUUUAUCAAAGAGAAAAGUGAUGCAGUUCAUCUUUUUUCAGGGAGUCAGUUUCAAAGCAGUCGCAGUGGGGCAGCUUACAUUGGUGGAAUUUGCUCAUUACUGAAAGGUGGAGGUGUGAAUGAAUUUGGAAAAUCUGAUUUAAUGUCCGUUACGUUGGCACAGUCCUUAGCUCACAAUCUUGGUAUUUUUUCGGACAAAAGAAAACUGCAAAGUGGUGAGUGUAAAUGUGAGGAUACAUGGUAUGGAUGCAUAAUGGGAGACACUGGCUACUUCCUUCCAUCCAAGUUCUCCAAAUGUGAUGUUGAGGAGUAUCAUGAAUUUUUAAAUAAUGGAGGUGGAUCCUGCCUUUUCAAUAAGCCUUCCAAGCUUCUUGAUCCUCCGGUAUGUGGCAAUGGUUUUGUUGAAGCCGGUGAAGAGUGUGAUUGUGGGAUUCCCACAGAAUGUGCUGCUGAAGGGGGUGAUUGCUGUAGUAACUGUUCUUUAACGGCUACCUCCCAGUGCAGUGAUGGACUUUGUUGUAAGAAAUGUCAGUUUGAGGAAAAGGGAGUUAUGUGCAGAGAAGCAGUCAACGAUUGUGAUAUUCCAGAACGUUGUACAGGAUCUUCAAAUCUGUGCUCUCCAAAUCUCCAUAAAAUGGAUGGGUACUCAUGUGAUAAUGAUCAGGGCACUUGUUUUGGAGGACGUUGCAAAACAAGAGACAGACAGUGUAAAUAUAUUUGGGGAGAACAUGUGACAGCUGCUGACAAAUAUUGCUACGACAGACUGAAUAUAGAAGGGACUGAGAAAGGUAACUGUGGCAGAAACAGAGAUACUUGGAUACAGUGCGAAAAUCAGGAUGUACUUUGUGGCUAUCUUCUGUGUUCCAACAUCAUCUCUAACAUCCCAAGACUUGGUGAACUUGAAGGUGAAAUUACAUCAUCAUCUUUCCAAACUUUGGGAAAAUCUUAUAACUGCAGUGGUGGUCAUGUUAAACUAGAGGAGGAUGGAGAUCUUGGCUAUGUAGAAGAUGGGACGCCCUGUGGCCCUGACAGGAUAUGUUGGGAACACAAAUGUCUUGCUGUGGAUUCAUUUAACUUCAGCUCCUGCCCAGGAAGCACAGGAAGCAACAUUUGUUCAGGACAUGGAGUUUGCAGUAAUGAAAUACAGUGUAUCUGUGAUCCAUUAUGGGCAGGUGAAGACUGCAACACCAGCCUCGCAGAACAAAAAAAUGGCAAAGAUAUUGCCCCUCCAGGUGUGGCUAGCACAAAUAUUAUUAUAGGUGCCAUUGUUGGUACCAUUUUAGUGUUGGCUCUCAUUCUGUGCAUAACUGCUUGGGGUUACAAAAACUAUCGAAGACAGAGACAAAUUCCUCAGGGAGAUUAUGUAAAAAAGCCUGGUGAGGCCGACUCCUUUUAUAGCGACAUGCCUCCUGGAGUCAGCACAAACUCUGCGUCUAGUUCUAAGAAGAGGUCUGCUUUUCUGUCGCAUUUUCAGAUUUCUACCUGUUCCAUCACACAUUAUUCCAUUAGUCAGAACCUUUCAUUGUUUUGCAGCAGGUCAAACGGAUUAUCUCAUUCAUGGAGUGAAAGAAUCCAAGAUGCAAAGAACCUUUCGGACAUCUGUCAAAACGGGAGGCCAAGGAGUAACUCCUGGCAAGGUAAUAUAGGAGGAAACAAAAAGAAAGGCAAAGGCAAAAGAUUUAGGCCACGGUCCAAUUCAACUGAGUAUUUAAACCCAUGGUUCAAAAGAGAAUAUAAUGUAGCUAAGUGGGUAGAAGAUGUGAAUAAAAACACUGAAGGACCCUACUUUAGAACUCUUUCUCCUGCAAAGUCCCCAUCAUCAUCUACUGGUUCCAUUGCCUCCAGCAGAAAAUACCCAUACCCCAUGCCUCCACUUCCUGAUGAGGAGAAAAAAGCCAACAGAGCAAGUGCCAGGCUAUGGGAGACUUCCAUUUAGUUCCACGGUCUACCUGAGCUGAUGCCAGAAUGGUUUACUUCAGUUUUUAUACAAACUCAGCAUCACUGAGUCACUGAACAUUCAUCUGCUUACUGGACAGUUUGACAGGACAGAGAUGUGCACCUGCAGGGAGCAAACAAGUUCUCCUGAUGAUGGAAUCAUCAGUUUUCUGCAGCUGGCUAGAAUGUUGUUAAUGACAAGUGUAAGAACAACCAAACAAUAGAAGAAUAUUAACCUGUGGGACUGAACGUGAUAUGGUUAUUCCGCAUGAUGACAGAUAAUAUGUAGACGUGCUGCUAAAACUAAUUGGAGUCCCAGCUGUGGGUUUUCUCUGGUCUAAUAUAGCCCAAAUAACUAAAAACCCCCAAGGAAUUCAGAAUUUGGUAUGUAAACAUUUAUGCUAUGUGCAUGAAUCCCUCUGUUCUCCACUUUCCAUGUGUAAAGGAUUAAUCAUUAUAUCGUAGUAGAAUUAGCAUGCAGGAAUAUGAAAUGGAGGACUUUUCCACAGGUGGGGUCUAAAGCUAUGAGACGCAAACAUUUGACAUAAGCAUCCAACAAAAAAAGUGAAUUUUUUACCUUUUGUGAUUAUAUUCUCAGUACAAGAAAUGCAUAUAUGUGUAAAAAGUUAUAAAAUACCAACAAAGCAAUCAUAUAUAAUGUGGUGUUUGUUUGAAAAAACAGUCAUGACUGAACAUUAUCAUGCACUUCAAAGAUCUGAGUGUUGGAAAUGAGCAAUUAUAAAAAUACUGUGGUUGGGAUACCGGCACACUGUCUCUAAGAAAUGAGCUUUGGACCAAAAUCUAUAUAAUUUAUUUAACCUCUAGGGAGGAGAUAAUUCAGCUGUUGUCCAGCCAAAGUUAAGCACAUUUAUGUCCUAUUGAUUUAAAUGAGAGGAUAUUAAGUAAAUGUUUAUUUCUU